UACAGUGCACUGGACUGUACAGAGCAGGGUAGCAUCCAGGCUGCUGUCUGUGAGGGGUGGGGUCCGGCUACACUGAUACCACCAAACGAAAGCUAACAGAGAGGCAGAAAAGGAGAGGAAAAAUAGAGCGCAGAGGGGGGAAGAUUGCACCUACAGAGGACUAUAAAACGGGAUGAAAGGAGACACCCCAGUGAACAGUACCAUGAUGAGUGUCGGUCAGGCCAGGAAGCUGGUGGAGCAACUGAAGAUAGAGGCUAGUUUCUGCAGGAUAAAGGUAUCGAAGGCCGCGGCGGACCUGAUGGCGUACUGCGACGCUCACUCCUGUGACGACCCCCUGAUCAGCCCCGUGCCCAUCUCAGAGAACCCCUACAGGGAGAAGAAGUUUUUCUGCGCUCUGCUUUGAGACCAAUCAGGGAUUUCUGUGAUUAAAAGUACAACUGUACAGUAUGUACAUGUAUGUACAGUGUGUACUUCUGAUCUGAAUGAGACAUCAAUGUACUAUAGGAACCUUGCAUAAAAGCUGCCGAUGUACAGUACACAAUCAACUCUUGAACUAAAUUAUUUCACUGCUAAAGUCUCAAUGUAAGAGGGGAAAAACAAAUAUAACAAAACCCAAACAUUCAAUCGAGAGUCAGAGUUAUCAUAAUCAAAAGUAAAUAAACUUAGGAAACAGCUAUUAUUAGUUUAAUAACACAUGUCAUGCUUAUUUACAUUAUAGGUAACUGCCAAAAAAGGAUAAUUAUAUGGAACAUGCAGGGAGGCAAAGUCCCACGCUUUGGAUUUUGCUCGGUCAGAUGCUGCUCUGACAGUUCAAGGCUGUCACUUCGGCCCAUUAUAAUGUUCAUACAUCUGUGAUUGAAAAAAAGCCUAUGUUAGGUACAUUUAUGAAAUGUCCUAUCUGGUUGCUACUUGUAGAGGUAAUAGCACUCUUCUUCAGAUUAACGCUCUUUCAGUGUUCUGUCUCCAUCAACAGCUAGCUUAGCCUUUUAGAGCUACACAUUCAUUCAAUAGAGGAACAAAUCCAGCGGAAUGAAUCCUAAAACCCAAGAAAUGAGUUGUACUUCAGGUUCCGUUUGGAAGUCAAUGGGUUUUCAGCUAGAUGCCUGAAAUUAGUUGUGUGUCAGUAAGAGACUUUACAGUUUUGUCAACCUGCUUGUGAAUUUUGAGGCUUUUACAUGUUGAAAAAAAACAAAAAGGUCUGGCUUACGCUUCUAAAAUCAUAGUGAUGAUAAUUUGUGAAGAGCAUCUUACUAACAAGACAGGUGGUAUGAUAAACGUUUGUUGGCCAGGACUAAUUUUCCACUUAAUCAAAAAACUAAAAGGAACAUUUGCUAAAUGCUUAUUUGUAGGACUACAAAAUACUUCAACCCUGCAGCACUCAGUUCUCUUUUCCAAUAUGUUUUGUAUCCCUCUGUUUUGGCAGUUACUUGUAUCUACCAAGUCCAGGCUGUGUUUAUGAGUGGAGCCAUUUCAUUCAAGGUUUAUUAAGAUGUUAGCAUUUUGCUCAUUUCUAUACUAUUGCCGUCGUGUGUGUGGAAAGGUGCUACUGUGAAACUUAAGCCAGAAUCCUGAGUCUGAUCACGGUCGGAAAAAAUAUGUUAUAGUUCAA